CCCAAAGCAGGCAAUAACAUGACUGUAUUAUUGCAAAUACGCAAACCAAUCAAAUAUCGCAACGGAGUAAUCUCUGGUGACACAGCCUUAAGGCUUGACGAGGCUGAUAAUUCUUGACAUUUAUAUUCAACCUAAAAUCCUUACGAAUCCCUCUCAUCAAGAAACAUGGACUAUAUUCAGGUUCCCCCAAAAGUCAAAUUACUAGCACGGAAAACUACGAAUGACGACGAUCAAGCAUAUGACUUUACUUCAGAUCUCCCUCCUACACAGAGACAGCACUUUGACAUUAGACUACAACUCUUUAGAUUUUUUUCCUUUCUUUUCCAGGAUCAGCCAUCCUUACCGAUCACGAACAAUGCACUACCCGGAUUAGUUCCAACUCCACUCCCGAAAGAUACUACUCUUCACAGACGCAGGUCCAAAUUUCCACGAGAUAGUCGCACCCGUACUCAGGAAUCAAUUUUGCCCAAAGACCGCCCUGGUACCGCUAGAGCUGAUGAAUGUAAUAAUAACCGCGAAGAACAUGGAGAAGAAGACAACGCAGGCUCACGUGGAUCAAUUCUGUCCACUUUUGGUAACCGGGAGAAGAAACAUGAUGCCCUGGAGAAGAGACAUAAUAUACGGGUAGGAGCCCUGAAAAGGGUGUUAGGCUCAAUGUCUCCAGAAAAUGGAUCUCCUAUGGUUCUACUGUGCUGGGGCGAAAGCUCCCAUUGCUCAAUAUUGCCUGUACCAAUUGCAAACUCGGAAGAUGAUGUGGAAACAUGGAGAGAGAUACACAGAGCUUGGUACGCGCGCAGAGGAUAUUGGAGGAAACGUCUGCCAGGAUAUAAUAUCACACGAGUUGACGCUGUCAAGAUCUCGCUUCUGGGAUUGAAGAAGGCCUCGAAAGGCCGGGAGAAUUGCGAAUAUAUUGGGAUGUAUACGGAACGCGACGUUCCAGCCGAGAGGAAGCUAUUGCAACAGACUAUAGACAACUAUGUUCCUAUAUCGGACUGCUUUUACAAUCGUCGCACGGGAACUGUGGAAUGCGGCUAUGGUUGUGAAUGUUUUUCUUGCUUGCCGUGCUUCGAAGAUGCUGGGGAAUGCCCAGAAGAAACAUACAUUACUGCUAGACGGAAUAUUGUACACUUGAACACGCUGCACCUGAUGAAACACGCCUUCUCCAACCCCGACCUCGCUGUCUUGAAUGAUUUUCUCAAAAAAGAAAAUCUUCUGUACAGUCACCGGGAUGUCCUAGACUUAACGGAGACUUGGAACAGUUGGCACUGUCCAGCUUUGAGAGAGAUCGAAUUCAGGGGUAUAGUAGUCAGCGAAGGUUGGGCGCUAGAUAAGCGUCAUAUGACUUUGCCUUUGUUGGUCGCUAUAUUGCUAGGCGUGGUUGUUGCUGCUAGGUUCCUUUUCGGUUGGGAUACAGCAUGGACUGUUGGCGCCUUUUUUGUCGCACUAAUAUCGCUUCUGUUGUGCAUAUCCUACCAGUUGUAGUCUGAUCUUGUUUUUGGCUCUCGCCGUUCGCUGGAGUAUAUGAUGACUGUAUUAGGAAACUUCCAGAUAUUAGGUUCCUCUGCCUGUACCUGAAGC